UAGGAAAAAUCAAGAUGGAAAACAUGGAAGAAGAAGAAGGCAAGAAUACAUACCUGCUAGGAGGGGGAGAGAAAGGAGAGUGGACACCUGCUGAAGCUGCAGACUGGUUUGCUAAGCAAUAUCUUCCAGAUCUUAGACGAGUAAGUGUCAGGUUCCCGGAAGAAAAGACAGAUUAUGGUCUUGAAAAACAAUCUCCAGUUGGAAUGAGUACAGAUGAGUGGGAAAAGAAGACCAAAACUAUGAAUGAAGAAGAAAAGAAAGAGUUUAAAACUUUUAAGACUCAUUAUGUUGGUGCCGAAGCUGAGUACAAAGUCUGGAAGUACUUAGAAGGGAUUCCAGAAUCAACAAGAACAGCGGUCUUCCAUAAAUAUAAUGUCAAUAUGUUCCAGAGAUUCACAGGUCAAGCUGAAAAAAAUCAAGAAUUUGAUUUUUUUAUUGUAUUCGGGGAUUUUAGGAAAAUUGUUCACAUAGAAGCCAAGGCUGCUUAUGAGAGAGCCCCAGGUUGGGUUGAUCAGCUGAAGAGAGGCGAGGAGUUCAUUAAAAAAGUUCUAGCUGCUGCUGGAAUAGAUGACAAGGACUGGGAGUUUAUACCUAUUGGGGCUUUUCCUAAUGCUGAUAAUCAGGAGAAGGUAAAGGGAGCUGAAACAUUUUUAAUCAACAAUCCCAGUGGGAGGGUUAUCACAAAGCAAGAGAUAACUACAACUGGAAGCCUUGAAGAGCUUUUGGGUUUUAGGCAACAUCAAAAGUUCCCUAUUGAUGAAUCAUAUCUUAAACUGGUGAAACUUUUAAUGGCAUCUGCCCACUGUUCUAAAUCUGCAGGUUCUCUCUCCCUGACUCCCUCAGACCCUAUGAAGGCAACAAAAGAGAAACUUAUCGGACCCGAUGCUCAAGAUUUAGGUAUUGGGGUGUCAAAUGAUCCAGGGUCUUCAAGUGUCACAGUUCCAUUCUCUUCCUUGAAGGGAAAACCAGUUGGUUCCCAGGAAAGCAUUUUGUUCUGGAACAAGGAUCAAGCUCAGUUCCUCUUUCAAGAUAACCCAAGAUGUAUUAUCAAAGGGGACUAUGGGUCAG